AUGUUGGCCUUACUUGAAGAUAAAUUGAAAGAGUUAGAAAGUGCUGGUAAAGGAAUAAAUUUGAAAGAUCCACAUUUAAGAGAAGUCAAAGAUUUUUUGCAAAAUGUUGCUGAUAAAGUUCGCCAGAAAAUUAAAACUGAAACAAACAAUCGUGCUAUUUCACUAUUGUGUGACAUUGUUACUAAACGAGGUCGCUCAAUUUUUGGUGUAAGCCUACAGUACAUCGUUGGUGGGAAGGUAACUAUUCGAUCCAUUGGCAUGAUAGAACUAAAGGACAGACACACUGGUGCCUAUCUUGCUGAAUUGACUACAAAACGAUUGAACGAUUUCGACAUUGAUCUCCCUCAAAUUAUCACAAUUACUACAGACAAUGGUAGUAAUGUGCUGAAAAUGAUACGAGAUAUUGAAACUCAUCUUCAAUGUGCCAUCGAUGACGCAAAGAGCGGGAAAGAACAGCUAGUUCAAACACCAGUAACAUCAAAUUUACAAAAUGAUUGCUUUGGAAACAGUGAAGCCAUAAUUGACAUACAAAUUGAAGCGGCUCUAGCCGAAGCAGAGGACGCAACCGACGACGAACUACUGAAAAUAUUAUUCAAUGAAACAGAUGAGCCAAGUGAUGCGACACUAAAUAGUAAACAAACACUUUUAUCGGCGAUUUCAUCAAGCCUAACAUCAAACCAUAGCAUGGAUGUUAUGUGGGAUAUUACUGGUGUUAAUUGCGGCGCCCAUACUUUGCAAUUGAUGACAAAUGAUGGAAUAAAAAUAAUGAAACUCUCGCAUAGAAAUGUGAUUGAUUUGACUCAUCGCGUUGCUUUAUUUCUUCGAAAGAGUACAACAAUAUACGAGAUGCACCAGAAAGAAUACGCUUAUAAAAAGCCACGGAUUGAUGUUGAGACACGGUGGUGUUCAAAAUACAUUAUGAUGCGCGACGUGUAUGAAUGCAGAAAAAUAAUCGAUAUUCUCGCAAGACAAAACAAUAUAGAGAUCUGUAAACUGCUGCUUCAGAAAUGGGCGAUUUUAAAAGAAAUCAUUAUUAUUCUGCAAGUGCCAUAUAAGGCAACUGUUGCUCUUCAAAGUCAUAGCAUUUCACUAUCGGACUCGUAUGGAAUUUGGCUGAAACUGCAAAUUCAUCUCGAAAUUUUGGCCACGAAAAAAUUCAAAACAAGUUUAGCAAAGCACCUUCUGGACCAAUAUAAAAUGAGAAAAGCUGUAAUCUUCAAUAAUCCCGCAAUGAUGAGCGCAUUGUAUUUGGAUCCGCGAUUUCGAAUUGGCUCCGACUUAAACGUGAGCAUUGAUUUUAAUAAUGCCUGUCCAUUGGAUAUUUAUUUGUCUAGGAAUGACACUUCACAAAAUCUCUCAUUAAACACUUAUUUGGCGCAAAACGAAACUGUAGCAAAUGUGGUGAACAUGAAUCAAGAUAUUGAAAAUGCAAUUGACUCAUUUAAUCCACCGAAAAUGGCAUCGGAUGCAAGCAUACUCGACUAUUGGGAAUCACAACGGACCAGCAACGAACAGCUAUAUCAAUUGGCAAUAACAAUAUUCGCUAUUCCACCCACUGAAGUCAUGAUCGAAAGAGAUUUUUCACAUUUGGAAUUUAUUUUAAGUAAUCGUCGGUGUAGCUUAGGAGAAAAUAUACUUGAAGAUAUUCUUUUAAUUCAUUUGAAUCGUGACUUUUUUUACGAUAUCAAAAAGGGAAUGUUGACAAAUAUAAAAUAA